GCAGUCUUCUGCUUGGUGCUCCUCAUCUCUUGAGAACAAACAGCCUUCAGCCUCUCCAAAAAUGGUGCACUGGACCAAAGCAGAACGUGAGAUCAUCACUUCCACCUGGGCAAAAGUGAAUCAGGAGGAAGCUGGACAAGAGGCCCUGGCCAGGAUGCUGUACGUUUACCCCUGGACCCAGAGGUACUUUGCAUCUUUCGGGAACCUCUCCUCUCCUACCGCCAUCGCUGGUAACCCCAAGGUCCGCGCCCACGGCAAGAAGGUGAUGGCCGCCCUGGGAGAGGCAGUCCACCACAUGGAUGACAUUAAAGCCACCUACAAGGACCUGAGCAAGCUGCACUCUGAGACGCUGCAGGUGGACCCCGAAAACUUCCAACUUCUCGGAGGGAGUCUGAUUGUCGUCUUAGCCAAAACCUUCGGCCAGGAGUUCACCCCUGAUGUCCAGGCGGCCUUCCAGAAGCUGGUCUGUGUGGUCAACGCCGCCCUCAGCAAGCAGUACUACUGAUGGCUGCCUUCGUUGCAGGUGGUCCUGGGCAUCCCGACCCCGCAAAACAUCACCACUCCACGGGACGAGGCUUCUGACAAGUCACUUAAUCAAAUGAUUCUGUUUUAAACACUCUGUAAAUAUGAAAGCCUGUCACUGGGUGUUGCCCGAUGUGAUCCUUCUUUUAAUUUUGUAUAUUUUUUGUAUGAAUUUGAGAACUUAAUAAACAUCAUUAAAGCACUGAA